AUGGCGGCCGCCGUCUCCACGGCCAGCGCCGCCUUCCAGGGCUUCAACUACGGCGCCUCUUACGGCGAUGGCACCGUCAAGGUCCAGAGCAACUUCGAGGACGAGUUCAACGCCGCCGCCUCCCUCGCCGGCACUGACGGUGCCUUCACCAGCGCUCGCCUUUACACCAUGGUUCAAGGCGGCUCUACUAACGACCCCAUCUCGGCCAUUCCCGCCGCCAUCAAGACCAAGACCAGCCUGCUCCUGGGACUCUGGGCCUCGGCCGGUCGCACCUCGUUCGACAACGAGAUUGCUGCCCUGAAGAACACCAUUGACCAGUACUGCGGCCAGAUCGACGACUUGGUCGCCGGCAUCUCCGUCGGCAGCGAGGACCUUUACCGUAUCUCGGAGACCGGCAUCGCGGCGGGCUCUGACCCAGGCUGCAGCCCCGAUACCCUCGUCGACUACAUCGCCGAGACUCGUGCGGCCAUCAAGGGCACCUGUCUCUCGGCCAUCCCCGUCGGCCACGUCGACACCUGGAACGCCUACUCCAACGACUCCAACAGCGCCGUUAUCGAGGCCUGUGACUGGCUCGGCAUGGACACCUACCCCUACUACGAGGACACCAAGUACAACCCCGUGUCCGAGGGCGCCACGCUCUUCAAGGCCGCCUGGAACAAGGUCUCGGCCGUGGCGGGAUCCCGCGAGAUCUGGAUCACCGAGACUGGCUGGCCGGUGAGCGGCAAGACGUACAACAAGGCCGUCGCGUCGACCAAGAACGCCCGCACGUACUGGGAGGACGUCGGCUGCCCGAUGUUCGGCAGCACCAACGUCUGGUGGUACACGCUCCAGGACGCCGCGCCCACGACUCCCAACCCCAGCUUCGGUGUCGUCGGCGCCACUCUGACCAAGACGCCUCUGUACGACCUCUCCUGCGCCGGCGUCGACAAGAGCAAGCUCAGCCUCGGCAGCGGCACCUCGGACAGCUCGUCCAACACUUCUACCGCCACCAGCGGCUCCAGCUCCGGCUCUGGUUCGGGCUCUGGCUCCAGCUCCGGCACAGGCUCCGGUUCAGGCUCCGGCUCCGGCUCCGGUAGCAGCGCCAGCAACGCUGCCGGUGCCUCGUCCACCGCCGUCACCGGCAGCAGCAACGGAGCUCAGCUCAACUCUUUCGGUGCUGCGGCCGUCGCUCUGAUCCUGGCCGUUGCUGUCCUGUAA